AUGAGUACUUCUCCAGUUACUCCUCGGUUCAAAUGCAAGCACUGUGGUAUCCAAUUUACAAAACGGAGCAAUUGGACCCGGCACGAAUCAAACGUGAACGUUCACCGAAAGCCACCUCGCCGCCGCCCAGGAGCUUCAAACGUCGACAGCGAAAACUCGGGGUCGAGCGCUUCAGCUAUGUCCCCAACGAGCUCUAGAGUUCAGAGCGCGCCCGCUCGGGAGCCCGAGGGUCUCUCAACGCGCCGCAGGAGCAGAGCAGCCGAAGCUGCGCAACAAAAACAGAUUGUAACUACUCCUCCAAAAGUAGAUCAAGUACCUAACGGUCUCAAAAUUACGAUCCGUGCGAGCCGUCGGAAGAGACAACGUUUGUCUACCUCUACAGAGCGCACCGUACCAGAGGUGAAGCCCAUUGUACCAGAGGUGUCGAUGACCCGCCCCGACCGGGCACCGAUCUCUCCGGCUCAACGCAAGAGGCAGCGACCCCUUCAGCUCGAUGCGCGCAAUUCGCAGUUCAAGAAAUGGGUCCGUAUUAUCCGACGGGCUCGUUGGAUACCCGGCGAAAACGCCCCUGGCACUCCGAACCCACUUCCGCGACAGCUUGUCAGGCAGAGGGCAAGGGAGUACGCGGCCAAUGGGGUAAGCCCAGGCUCUAAACUUCCGGAGGGAAUGGAUAGUAUAUAUGAUGUCGACUGGGCAGAAGUGUUGAGAACAUUUGAUAACUCAACUCUCAACGACGAGCCUUGUGCAGAACCAACUCCAAUCGAGGACCUCGGGGAAUCGUCUACAGACUCGGAUAGCAGCCUGUGGGAUUCUGAUUAG